AAUCAGAAGAGCGGAUUCAAAAUCUAAGGCAUAGACUUAAAGUUAUUUCUUCUCGAAGAAGCUCUCCAAGUUUAUAUAUUUCAGAAGAGGAAGAUAUAGAUAUGGCGAAUCUUAACCUUUUUAUACAAAUUGAUAGAGGCUUAAAUCGCAUUGAGAAUCAUAUUAGAGGAGCUGGAACACCAUUAAAUAAUCCUAUUAAUAUUAUAAAUGGUAUUAGAGGUUCCUUGAAUGAUGUCUUAAUUACCAAAAUGCAUUUCAGGAUAUAG